CCAGUUCUGUUGUUCUGUUUGUCUGGAUCUACUGAAGGAGCCGGUCACUACUGCCUGUGGACACAAUUACUGUAGAAUAUGUAUUGAGGGCUGCUGGGAUCAGGAUGUUCUGAAAGGGGUCUAUAGCUGUCCUCAGUGCAGAGAGACCUUCACUCCAAGGCCUAAUCUGAGGAAAAAUAACAUGUUGGCUGAGAUGGUGGAGAAACUGAAGAAGACAGGAAUCCAGGCUGCUCCCCCUUCUGCUCUGUGCUAUGCUGGACCUGGAGAUGUGGCGUGUGAUGUCUGCACUGGGACCAGAAAGCGGAAAGCCCUCAUGUCCUGUCUGCCGUGUCUGGCCUCUUACUGUGAGACUCACCUCCAACCUCACUAUGAAUCUCCUGCUUUCAAGAAGCACAAGCUGGUCAAAGCCACCGCACAACUACAGGAGAAGAUCUGCUCUCAUCAGCAGUUUGUCAUGUCUCAUCAUGACAAACUGUCGUACCGAUCAGCAGUGUAUCUGUUAUCUGUGUACAAUGGAUGAACAUAAAGGCCAUGAUACAGUGUCAGCUGCAGCAGAGAGGACUGAGAAACAGAGGCAGCUGGGGAUGAGUCAGCAGAAGGACCAGCAGAGAUUCCAGGAGAGAGAGAAGGAGCUGAAGGAGCUCCAACAGGCUGUGGAGUCUUUCAAGGCUGUCUGGACCCCUUUCAGAGAAUAGACUGUUUAAUGUAACUGACGGGAUAUGAACCCAGGUCUACCGUGGGAGAAACCAACAUCAUGACCGUUACACCAAGAGGACAUUCCCUAUUGGACCGACACUGAUUUAGAAGUAGCAGGCGGGGCUACCUCAUCACAUAACCAUGAGUAACCAUGACUGACUCAUGUCCCCUAUACAUUAACAUGGAGCUCUCUCUCUAUUCAAUUCAAAGAUCUUUAUUGGCUUGGGAAACAUAUGUUUACAUUGCCAAAGCAAGUGAAGUAGAUAAUAAACAAUCAUGAAUGAACAGAAAACUUUACACAACAUUUAUUUUCAAAAGAAUAGAGACCUUUCAAAUGUUAUAAUUCAAGAGCAAACAGAGUGAGUCGUGCGCCAGACUGAGUUCUGGAGGUGAAAUGGAAAUGAAUGAGGGAGAGUUAAGUGAGGUAGAAGGUGUGGUGA